AUGGGAUCUUCAUCUUCUACCGACAAAGAAAAGACCGGGGCAGAAUGGACGGGUUGCCUUCACUUCCACCAGGGCAACGGGACAUGGAAGAAACUGGAGUCUGAGGAGAUUAUUGACUACUUUCGCGAUAAACUCGAAGCCGAUGAGGAGAAGAUCAUUUUCGCGGAAAUUCGAAAGUACGAUCUGGGCCUGGUGACUGCCUGGUUUGGGCACUGGCACGAAUACACGCUCGUGGAGACGACCAAUUGGUUCUGGACCUUCGAGAAGAACUCGAAAGGCAUCUACGUGCAGAGGGCCAAGCGCAACAGUGACGUGCGCUGUUGGUUUGCCGGUGUCAAACGGAAGAAGGAUCGUUCGGAAGGCAGAUCUUCCGCUGUCGAAUUUGGAGAAAACGCCCUCGAUGCAGCGCAUUGGAUCAUUAAUCGGGGCGAACUGGACAAAACGUAUCACUGGACCGAAAGCAAUUGCCACUUCUUCGCCUCGCUCCUCUACGAGGCCAUCACCGGAACAGCAUACCCGGGCGGCAAACAGCGAAGACUACACAACACCCUG